CUGGCCUAACACACUGCAAUUCACGGCUAUUUAUUAAUUGGGAAUUACAAAUUUUCACUUUAAGGAUUCCUAGGGUGCAGAAAAGGCCAGUGAUAUGAAGAGAAGAGGAUAUGUGCUAGUCAUAUCAAAAUAAACUUGAAGAGUUUGGAGCAAUACCUCAUUGGAUGUAAUAAAAAUUAUUUUAAUUUAAUUUAUUAAAAUUCACGAACUAUGGCAGAAUCUGCAAUACGGCAAGUGGCUAAAGGUGUUGGACGGACAGUGACCAAGUCAAGUGUCCGGAGGGGUUUAGUGAGCACUACUGACAGUCGAACCGAAGAUGCGGUCAAAACGGUCAAGACUGGAGUAUCGGACAAUCAUCGCCAUCAUCUUAAACGGCAGUCGCCAAUUGUUGGCAGUUAUCGCCACCAAACAACACUGGCUGCUACAACGACAGAGUUCCUUGAUGCCGAAAGUGAUGUGAAAACCAUGCAGGAUUUACCUGGCCCGAAGGGGCUGCCAGUGCUGGGCACGGCGUACGAAUACUUUAGGACGGGCAACCGAGGGCAGAUGCACAAGGUUCAGACAAAUUUUCACAAAAAGUACGGAAAGUAUUUCAAAGAAAAAUUGGGACCAGUGUGGAACGUUUCGAUCGCAGAUCCGCGCCUUGUAGAGGAGAUCAGUAGAAAGGAGACAAAGUUACCCCUCCGCCCGCCGUACGAGUCAUGGGUCCUCUACAAGAAAAUGCGUGGCCAGAAAGCCGGGAUUUUGUCCGGGAUCGGAGAAGAAUGGAAAACUGCAAGAAGCGUAUUGUCACAGCGGAUGUUGAAACCAAAAGUUGUAUCUGAAUACACUGGAGUGAUGAACGAGGUCUCAGAUUCGUUCAUGGACAGGUUACGUCUACUUCGAGACACUGGUGACCAGCAAGGUGUUGUCCCAGACCUAGUGAAUGAGCUCAACAAAUGGUCAACUGAAACCAUCGCAGCAGUACUUCUAGAAAAGAGACUGGGUUUUUACGACAAAAAUGUGCCUGCGGAUGCGCAGGAAUUUAUCGACUCUGUGAAAAGUAUGUUUUUAACUGGUCAUCAGCUGAUGGUGUUUGCCAAUGUGCACAAGGCGCUUGGGACAAAAGUGUGGCGGGAGCACGUGAGAUCAAUGGACUCCAUAUACAGGAUAGCUGAGAAUCUUAUUGAUGAGAAAUUGAAUGAGACCAAACGACUAGCUGAUUUAAGUGCUGAAGAGUUUGAAUCGGCUACUUCAAAAGGAUCGGCAUUUUUAGACUACCUCUUUGCAAGUAAAAGGUUCUCCCUACAAGACAUUAAAGUAAACACAACGGAGCUCCUCCUUGGUGCUGUCGAUACGGCAGCCAACGCACUGGGUUUUGCAAUGUGCCUUCUUGCUCAGAAUCCACGCGUGCAAGAAAAAUUUUACCAAGAGGUGCAAGAGCAAUAUGGAAAAGGAAAACAUGUACAUUAUCACGAUUUGCAGGAAGCCAGUUACGUCAAAGCUAUCGUGAAAGAAACUUUAAGAAUCUACCCUGUCCUUCCGAUAAACGCCCGGGUAUUGACGGAAGACACCGUCAUUGGUAACCAUAUGAUUCCGAAAGGGACUUGUAUACUCUUCAACAACUAUACCAUGUACCAUGACGAGUCUUACUUCCCGGACCAUGAUGAGUUCCGGCCAGAGAGAUGGAUCCGCAAGGGCCAUCAUAAGGAAUGGGACCCAUUUACUACCGUUGUCUUUGGUUUUGGAGCACGAAGUUGUCUUGGCAGGCGUGUAGCAGAACAGGAAUUAUACAUAGGGCUUAUGAAACUCACACAGAAUUUCUGGCUUGAGCCAACAGGGAGUCCAUUGGAACCAACCCUACGGACGGUAUUGACACAAAAGGAGAUCCCAGUCAGUUUCAUCGACCGAUAGAAAGGUGAUUAGAGACACUGAUUGCCACAGAGGUGUGCGUCUGCUGCCUGAAGGGAAAAACACCUGCAAAAGACGGGUGGACUCGACUGUGCUCGCCAUUCGUGCUGUUAACAUAUUGUGAAUGAUUAUAAACUAAAUGAAUUGUCAAGACAUUACGGAUGCUAUAUAUUACCAGAGAAUAUCAAUGUUCAAUGACAAUUUAAUGGACAGUUACAGACACCUACUGUAACAAAUGGGAACUCCAUAUGCCUAAAAGCAUUACUCUACUUUACAUUCGUUGAUAAGGUUUGGCAGCCAGUUUUCGGUUUUGUCCUUCUGCAGGAACAAUCAUCUGAUGUCCAGAAUGGUGCGAAGGUAUUCAAGGCCGCUCUACACGAUUCUUUGACGCUGAUAACGUUAUUAUACUUGCGUCUUGAUGGAUAUUUAAAUGGAUUCUGUCAUUCCCAUCUUCCGUGCCGUUCUCUUUUCGCCCCUUCCACAAAAGAGAAUUUGGUGAUGGAAGGGCACAUGGUACCUCAUCAGCAAGUGUACCGACCAAGACAUUUGCGAGUUUCACACUUAGCUUCUUGCUGGUGGCAGCCAGUCGGUGAAGAGUUUCAACAACGGUGAUACUGAAAGUGUCCUGUUAUAAAGAGCCGUUUGUAAUGGCCAAGAAUGUGUUAUUUUCGUAAGGAGAGACAUAUGCUUGAACAUUUCGGGUUUGACGGGUGAAAUAGUUCUAGAUGGACUAGAACUAAUCUCUAUAUAUGUAUUUCAUUACAAUGUAACGUCAUUGCUUUAUCGUGUUUUUUGAUUAUGUUCACCUAUUCUUGACACAUCAGGAAAUUUCGAGAAAAGUUCAGAUCAAGUAUGAUACGACGUUGUCUGAUUAAGUUACCGGUUACUGCUUAAUAAUAAGUCCCAUUUAUAUGAACGCAGGGUAGUAUCAUUGAAAUGUUUGUGUUCGGAAAGCCUCCAGGCAUAUCACGACUGUCCUAAUGCCGCCAUGUUGUGCCUCUACUGCGGACUGAACACGGGUAUCAUGGAAACAAAUCAUCAAACAUAUCUGUCUGAUCAUGUAGCAUGCAUAUUUGUGUUUGUCUAGGCACGUUGUGAUUAAAUCAGCAAUGCAAAUGUAGUUGAGUGUGAUUCCAUUGCCUCUAAAUAGGUGCCAGGGUAUGUGUUGAGUUGUGGAUGGAACUAGAUAAGAGAGCAUCAUGUGGUGUGUUUAAUGGUAUGUAAAUUUGUCUUCGAAAAUGUUCGUGACGUGAUGUUAUAUGUAAAUAGGUGUGAGAGUUUGUUACAUUAUGUUUUGCUAUGUAACUGAGGAUGGUAUGCUUUAAAACAGGUAUGAAAUUUUUUUUCUGUGGUGAUAUAUAUAAAUGUUGGAAAAUGUUGAUGGUGUGAUCAUAUAUAGAAAGGAGUGAGCCUUUGUCCAUGGUGUUAUGACAUAAAUACAUGUGCACGUAUGUCCGUGUUAUUAUGACGUAAAUACAUGUGCGCGUAUGUUCGUUGUGUUAUUCCGUAAAUACAUGUGAGCGCAUGUUCGUGUUGUUAUGAAAUAACUAUAUGUGCGCGUAUGUUCAUGGUGUUAUUAUGUAUAAUACAAGUGGGCGUUUGUUCGUGGUUUUAUGACAAAUAUAUGUGAGCGUAUGUUCACGGUGUUAUGACAUAAACGCACGUGAACGUAUGUUCACGGUGUUAUGACAUAAACGCACGUGAGCGUAUGAUCACGGUGUUAUGACAUAAAAUAUGUGAGCGUAUGUUCACGGUGUUAUGACAUAAACGCACGUGAGCGUAUGUUCACGGUGUUAUGACAUAAACGCACGUGAGCGUAUGUUCACGGUAUUAUGAUAUGUUUAAAGGUGUGUCUAUAGUGUUGCGUGGCGUUAGGAUAAUUAUGUACAUAGACUGAGAGAACAUAGACUAUUCAGUAUUGUGUUGUGAUGUGUAAAUACCUGUCCUAUAUUUAUUGACAUGAUAUUCAUCUCAUUCAAGUAGUUGUUGAGGUAUUUCGAAUUAUUUAUUUUGCAGCAAAUCAUAACGAUAAACAUCUUGAGACGUCGACGCAUCCGUCAAUAACAGUGGUCUAUGUUUUUGAAACGAUGUUUUCACAUUCGGAAACUAUAUUAUAUAUGAAAAGAAAUUUAAUCGCCAUUAAUUUAAUACAUAUAAACAUGGUCAUGUAACUUAACUAUAAGGAAUGGUAUCUUUUAAAAAGGUGUAAAUAUGUCUUUAAGCUUCUCCUAUAAAUUUCAUGCAAUAAAAAUUAAAUAAUGCCUUUAUUCAGCUGUUACUGGGAUAUAACCCGAAACUUAGGAAUGUGUAGCGUCUACAAGUGAAAUGUGAUGCCUUCUUUUUGACGGUUUGUAUUUUAUACAUUUUCAAUGAGUUGGAAUGAUAUAUAAACCCAUUCAAAUGCACAUUUCAGCUGGAAGUAGGCCGUGAUAUUUGCUGGUGGUAUUUUACCUGACGGCCUAGUUAUUACUCUGAAACUAGAAACCUCGUUUAAUUUACGUUCGGUACAGUUUUUUUCUAAUAAUUUCAUAUCUUAGCCAUUUUUCGAAAUCCAGAACAUUUUUGCGACUCAUUAUCAAUACGAAAUUAUCUAUAGGGAAUAUGGCCUGUAAGUUGUAGUACUAAUUAUUAUAACGUGGGCUAUUAUUGUUACUCAGAGGAAGCAUCACAAGAACACUUGAAAUCGUUAUCAUUUGAAUCCUGGUUUAAACAAAUUUGUUAUUCCUUGCUCAUGCCGAGAGGUUAUUUGUUGUAUCUGAUUGUUGGCAUAAAAAUAAUAUGGAAAGAUGUCACUCAUGUAAAAGAGAGGAGGUUGCUGAGGACACAUCAGUGACUCGCGUAAUUGUUGAAUAAAAUAAAUGAAAGUUUA